CGCCUAGCCGAACCCGGCGGGGCGGGGGAAAACAGUCGCUAAUCGGGACCGGUUAGACCGGUCGGAUCCUCUGGGUAGAGUCUCUCAUUGGGCCACCUCCUCCCAGCUGACCGGCCAGGGGCCGAGGGCCCGGGAAGGGGCCUCGGACCAGAGGCAGAGCCAGGAUGGGGGGUGACCGGCAGCACUACUACGGCCAGCAUGGAACGCCUCAGAAAUAUGACCCAACAUUCAAGGGCCCCAUUUACAACAGGGGCUGCACCGAUGUUAUCUGCUGUGUGGCCUUAUUCAUAGCCAUUGUGGGGUAUGUGGCUGUGGGCAUUAUAGCCUGGACCCACGGAGACCCCCGAAAGGUGAUUUAUCCUACUGAUAGCCGUGGACAGUUCUGUGGACAGAAGGGGACACCUAAUGAGAACAAGCCUUUUUUGUUUUACUUCAACAUCCUGAAAUGUGCUAGUCCCUUGGUGCUCCUCGAGUUUCAGUGCCCAACUACACAGACCUGCGUGGAGAAAUGUCCGUCUCGAUAUCUUACCUAUCUGCAAGCGUAUACCCGCCCCCAGGACCUCGAAUAUUAUAAACAGUUCUGUGUUCCAGGCUUUGGUGAAAGUAAAGUCAAGAAGAGUCCAGUUGAGGUUCUUAGAGAUGGAGACUGCCCUGCAGUACUCACACCCAGCAAACCUUUGGCUCGUCGCUGCCUCCCUGCCAUUGAGACCCACAAAGGCGUGAUCACUGUGGGCAAUGAGACCACAUUUGACGAUGGCCGUGGCCAGAAGAGAAACGUAUCGGAGCUGGUGGAGGGAGCCAAGAAGGCAAAUGUGGUGCUGGAGGCAAGGCAGCUGGCCAUGCGAGUGUUUGAGGAUUACACUGUAUCCUGGUAUUGGAUUCUCAUUGGCUUGGUGAUUGCCAUGGCUCUGAGCCUCAUCUUCAUCGUCCUCCUUCGCUUCCUGGCUGGAAUCAUGGUCUGGAUUAUGAUAGUCAUGGUCAUCUUGGUGCUAGGCUAUGGAAUCUUUCACUGUUACAUGGAGUAUUCUCGACUCCGAGGUGAAGCAGGCUCUGAUGUCUCCAUUGGGGACCUGGGCUUCCAGACUGACUUUCGGGUAUAUCUGCACCUGAGGCAAACCUGGCUGGCCUUCAUGAUCAUCCUGUGUGUGCUGGAACUCAUCAUAAUCCUCCUGCUCAUCUUCCUGAGGAAACGCAUCCUCAUCGCCAUUGCCCUCAUUAAGGAGGCCAGCAGGGCUGUGGGCUAUGUCAUGACCUCCCUGCUCUACCCACUUUUUACCUUUUUCCUCCUCUGCCUCUGUAUUGCCUACUGGGCCAGCACUGCUGUCUUCCUGUCCACUUCCAAUGAGGCUAUCUACAAGGUCUUCAAUGACACAGCCUGUGUAGCUGCUGGACAGACAUGUAAUCCAGAGACUUUCCAUACCUCAAACGUGACCCGAUUGUGCCCUGAUGCUCGAUGCCAGUUUGCCUUCUAUGGUGGGGAGACUGGCUAUCACCGGGCGCUGCUCGGCCUGCAGAUCUACAAUGUCUUCAUGUUCUUCUGGCUGGCAAACUUCGCACUGGCUUUGGGCCAGGUGACACUGGCCGGAGCCUUUGCCUCCUACUAUUGGGCCAUAAAAAAGCCAGACGACCUUCCUGCUUUUCCCCUCUUCUCCUCCUUCGGCAGGGCACUCAGGUACCACACAGGCUCCUUGGCCUUUGGCUCCCUCCUUCUGGCCAUAGUUCAGGUAAUCCGUGUGAUACUCGAGUACCUGGAUCAGCGGCUCAAAGCUGCAGAGAACAGGUUUGCCAAGUUCCUUAUGACCUGUCUCAAGUGCUGCUUCUGGUGCCUGGAGAAAUUCCUCAAAUUCCUCAAUAGGAAUGCCUAUAUCAUGAUUGCCAUCUAUGGUACCAACUUCUGUACAUCUGCCAAGAAUGCCUUCUUCUUGCUCAUGCGGAACAUUGUUAGGGUAGCUGUCUUGGACAAAGUCACUGAUUUCCUUUUCCUCUUGGGGAAACUUCUGGUUGUGGGGAGUGUUGGAAUUCUGGCAUUCUUCUUCUUCACCCACCGAAUCAAGAUUGUACAGGACACAGCCCCCUCCCUCAACUACUACUGGGUUCCCAUCCUGACAGUCAUCAUCGGCUCCUACCUGAUCGCUCAUGGCUUCUUCAGUGUCUAUGGGAUGUGUGUGGACACUCUCUUCCUCUGUUUCUUGGAGGACCUGGAGCGGAAUGAUGGCUCCGUGGAGCGGCCAUACUUCAUGUCUUCCAACCUGAAGAGGCUCUUAAACAAGACCAACAAGAAGCUAGCUGAAGCAUAGGCCUCCUCCCAGGCCUCAAUGGAAGGGAAGGGAGGAGGUGGUUUACAUUAGGGUCAGUACACGCCAUGGCCCCUGAGGGCCUCUGCCCCCACUAACCUCUGCCAACCCACGAGAUGGAGCCUGAACCCCACUCACUGUCCCAUGGGCUAUUUGACAAGGGGGCCUCACUACUGCGCUAUGGUUUACACUCUUCGGGUAGGGCAGCUAGUCCACCAACCCCUCCCCAUCCUUGGGCCCAUUCAUCUGAGAGACUGCCAGUCACACACAGGCCCUCAGUGGCUUACUUUUUUUUGAGGGGGGAGGAGGAGAAUUACUCUUGUGCUGAGAGAUCUCCAAGAAAGUUGUCUCUUCACUCUUCUCUUGGUUCCCUGGUCAAGAAGGUUUUCUCCUUGUCGGCCCUUUUGGCUUGAGGCCAGGCUCUUUUUCUCUCACCCCGAGAAAGGCUGAGGAGGCAGGCUGAGCUGCCUGGAUUCAGUCCUGGGAUCGACCUGGCCCAAGAGGUCAGUUUGCAAGAGUGGGUGAAGGGGAAUGUUAAUAACUUAUUCUGCUGCUUUAAAGAUGACUUUUUUUAACCUACUCCUCUGGCCAAUGUGUCCCUACCUGAAAAGGGUCUAUUUUUCUGACUCAUUUCAUACUUGUGGGCGAUAAAAAAAAUCUCUUGAAUUUUGCAUAUGUAUUCCUGUUCUUAGGCUCGGAGGCUGAGGUUGGGUGUGGGGCAUGGAUGGAGUGUGUGUGUGUGUGUGUGUGUGUGUGUGUGUGUGUGUGUGUGUGAGAGACUGUACACCUGCUUUUGGCAUGUUUCAAGCUGGUUUUUAGGGAGAUAGUGAGUGGUGGUGGGGUGGGAGGCCCUUUGUUUUCCAUCUUUCUCUCCCAUCCAGGAAAACAAGGAUCUGGUGGAGUGAGGCAGGCACAGGAAAUGUUAGGUUGGGGAGGAGGAUGAAAACUAAUAGCCUUUUAAUGGAAACCUGAUGGAAGGGCUGGGAAGGUUCUCCUCCCUCUUUGUUGAUAUGGCUGGGAUCCCAAGGGCAUUCUCUUUAUUUGAAAGGAGAAAGGCUGGCAAAGAAAGGUAGUCAGGAGGUGGUACAGGGCAAAUGAGUCUUCUGUCUCUCCUCUUAGGCCCUAGGGCCAGGCUCAGCUAAUCAGACUUGCUUUGUUUCACUUGCUUAUGUGAAUAUAAGCUUUCCUGAGCCUAGUAUUUUAAUGUCCCCAAAUCCUAUCCAGUAAGCUUUAUUUCAUUUUCCCAAAGAGGAAGUAUUUCCCAACCUUGGGGCCUUCCACAUCCUGUGCCUGCUCUGAGACUUCUGUCCUCCCCUGGGUCCGAUUGUCUGUGUGCCCCCUGAUUCCCUACUCCCUAUGUCUAACUGCAUUCCAACCAUUAAUAAAAGUGCCUAUUUGUACCAGGA